CUGGUACUCCAUGGACCACAGUAGAUAGCUACACCCAAAGAAUCAUGCCUCUACUUUGUCGUGUACAGUAAUGAUCUGCCACAUGUAAGAAUCUGAUUGGAGCUAGAUGGUCCAUGGGCCUGACCCAUGCUUCAAGUCCUCUGGUGUGACAUGGCCAACCUCUCUUUAUAAAACCUCUGCCCAUCUCUCUCCCCAUUCACUCCACCUCCCCUCAUUACCUACACCUCCUGCUCAAUCUGCACACCCGGUGCAUUCUAGCAAUCUCCAGCCGGACGAGCAAGGCGCUCAUUUCACCAUGAGGAAGGGCUAUGGUUCUUCACCCAGAUCGAACAGGCUAUCCUACGUCGGGUGGGAAGAGCACCCCCAACCCCAUUUUCUUGAAGCAUGUUUUCUUUGCCAGAAGCCACUGGGAAACAACAGUGACAUCUUCAUGUACAGAGGGAACACUCCAUUCUGCAGCAAAGAAUGCAGGCAAGAGCAGAUAGAGAAAGAUGAGGAAAGAGAGAAGAGCUGGAGCUUGUCUUCUUCCAAGAGACCUCACAGAACAGCGGACUCCAAGAAGAGUUCUCCCAGUAAGACUGUGCAGACGGGCACAGUUGCUGUGGCAUAGUCUUCAGCAGCAGCAGCAGCAGCAGUAGCUUGUCUGUGAACUUCUCAAGAACUCUGAAGCAGAGAAUCAGAGAAUCAGAGAGGGAUGUGUGAAUGAAGGGCUUGGGUGAUGAGUCCCAUUUGUAAAAACAGGGGUGGGGGCAUGACCCAUCAUAGAUUUUGAUUUUGAUUUUUGUUUUUGUUUUUAGUUUGCUUUGUUCUGUUUUCUGGGUUUUGGUUUUUGUUCUGGCUGGGUGUUUUUAAGGAAGAGCAUCCUUCAAUGGGAUGCUUUUGUGUGUAUGAAACUUCUGAGGCACUAAGAAAUCAAAUAGAUUUCAUUCAUGGUGUUUUUUUUUUCCCUUAAAUGAAUAAAUCUUUUGAAGUUCUUCCUCUA